GGGACCUGUUGAAAUAUGGAUGCAAGCUCUCAAACAGGACAACCCAAAAAGUGGAAGUUAUCUGGGGAAAAAGAGGAAGGAGGCAGCAUGAGCUUAAUCAAGUUACCUGAUGUGCUUAUUGAACAAAUUAUCUCCUUCCUUCCAACAAAAGAUGCUAUCCGAACAAGCAUUCUGUCUAAAAGAUGGGAAUACCUAUGGACAUCACUUCCCGAACUUAAGUUCAUUCAAGGGAUGAAUGAAACGAGAUGUUCCUUUGUGACUGCUGUGGACAGGGCACUAAUUCUUCGUGGCCCUGCUGAUCUAAAACAGUUUCUUCUUUUGUUUAGAGGGUUAGAGCAGCUAGAUGAUGCAUCUCGUGUUAAUCGGUGGAUCACUGCCAUGCUAAGACGUAAUGUUGAAGAGCUUAUACUUCGCCUGUCUAACUAUAAGGAGCUUUCACUGCCUCGUUCUUUAUUUAUUUCUGCAACACUCACGUACUUGGACAUAAUUGUGCCCUGUAUUUUCAAAGUUCCUUCUACUGUUUGUCUAUCAAGUUUAAGGACCUUGAGACUUCAAUGCGUGGUGUUUUCUGAUGACUGCUCAACCCAGCAGCUGUUUUCAGGUUGUCCAGUCCUUGAGGACUUGAUACUAGGAGAAUGCAGCUGGGGCAAUUGCAAGUUUGUGAGUAUUUGUGCCCCAAAACUUUUGAGUUUGGAAAUUGAUGAAGACAUUGAAUUAUGUCCCAAAGGUUCAGAUGGUUGCCAGAUUAUGAUAUUUGGUGUUAAUCUCACAAACUUUUAUUACUCGGGUGAAUUCCGAAAUCACUAUUGCUUCAAUAACUCAUCAGUAAAUGAGGCUCAUAUUUUUCAUUGCUCUAAUGAGAAGUCGAGGCAUAUGAGUUAUGGGUUUAAUAAGCUUCUUGGAGGACUAUCUAGUGUGAAGACCCUAGCUACCAAUUCUGAUUCCCUUGAGGUGAUUCAGACUCAUGCAACAGAACUGCUUACCCAGAUGCCCCUGUUGAAUUACCUAACCACUUUGAAAUUGGAAGCAGAGGAAGUAGUUCCCUGUAGCAAAGCACUAUUGAGGAUGCUUGGAAACUGUCCUUGCCUUCAAACUCUGAUAUUCUUUCAGGAGAUUAACCUGUCCUCAGAUGAUGCUAACGACGAUGGGGUGUUGGAGCCACUGCCUCCAUGUUUCCUGACUAGUCUUAAACAGAUUGAAGUUCAUGCAUUCUAUGGAGACAAGAAUAAUCUUUGUGCAAUAAAGAUUUUGCUAAAGAAUGCCAUGGUCUUGGAGAAGAUGAUCUUAACUUGCAUGCACAGUUUUGUUGGAGGAUCAGAGAAGAAAAAGGAUGUUAACAAACAGCUAUCAGAUCUCCCAAAAGGGUCAGAAAGCUGUGAAGUUGUUCUUGUUUGAUCCCUUUGAUCACGUAUUAAAAUUGUACUUGCAGACUUCAUUGCCUUCUUUUUAAGUUUAACCUGCUGGUUUGCAAUACUCUUCUGUCUCAUUUGGUUGAU